GGGCGCUUGCCAAACUGUGUGAACCUGAAGCUCACUCUAUAGCAUCGCCCGCUGCGCUAUUGGAGGAGGCCGAGGUACAUGUGAGGACGAUCUUCGCUCUCGGUGGCCGAUAAAAAGAGGUUAAAGACUCAUCUGCUUUAGCGACACAAAUCAGCAGCAACAAAUACAGGGUUGAAGUGGAGUCAAUGUUCCAUUGCCAGGAAACUGGGAUAAAGUUUAAAGUCGAAACCAAAACUAUUAUAGAAUAUUCACUGGAGUAUGGGAAUGACUACAUCAACCUGAUCCAGGAAAACGGAUGUGAAUUACUGGGUCCCAUAUUCAAUGUGGACAUCAAAUCUGUCCGGGUGUCAGCCGUCUACCUACCACAUUAUGUAUGUCUAGAAGGCUUCAAAGACACAUCAAUGAUUAAAUUUGGUCACUUUAAAGAUGGCAAAGUUACAUUGCAAAUCCCAACUAAAAUUGAACCGUCCUAUGUCGUACAGAACGAUCCGAAGUUCUCCUGCGUUGCUGCUGUUGGGGAACAUUCUACCUCUAUUUGGAGAAGGAAGAAGACAUUUCCAUUUAAUGGGCAAGUUCUCUUAUACUCCCGGGUAGUUGGAGAUGAUGAAUAUAUGGAGUACAGAAUUCAUCUCUACUUGGUUCCUACUGACAGACCCCAUUUGAAGAAACUUAAUGAGCAGAUGAGACAUGACGGGUAUAAGAGGAUUAAUAAACCAUCUCUAAUCCGCAAAGUGUACACCAACAAAGACUACUCCAUCACUGGAAAGCCGAAUCCAAAAAUAUGUCCCAAGACGUUGCAGUUCACUGUUCACACAGAGAUAGAACAUUGCGAAUUCACAGAGAUGAACUUUGCAAAAAGCACAGAGGAGAUUUUACUUCAUGUGAAGGCCGAGAGCAGUUCGCCAGAAACUGUGUGGAGCGGAGAGCUGACAAGAGCAGAUAUAAAGGAGCUGGUAAGAAGAGCCGCCCCGAGAGGAGAUCCUCCCAAGAAUUUUGUAGAAAUAUAUCGAUCACAACUAGUACAAAAAGUGAAAAACAUCAUGCCAGUUCUAGAUGAUCUCAGGACACAGGAGCUUCUGUCAGGAGAAGAUUACGAUACUGUAACCCGUCAGUCAACGAAACAGGACAUGAUGAGAAAUCUCCUGGACUUCGCACAGAGUUGGGGCAGUGAAGACAUGGAUACGUUCUACGAUGUGCUAAAGAGCCAUAAUAAGCAAACCAUCAAAUAUAUCGAAGAGGAAAACUAAGACCAAAGUCAGAUUUGACCUGUGGUAGCAACUGAUAUUCCUUCCGUAGAGUCCAUUGUCUCAUACAUUCAGCAUGAAGUGUCUUCUAUUGCUUAUAUGAUAUAUCGAGUAUAAGAAGAUCCAGCUAUAAAGCCUGUGUCCAUCUCCCAGCAUGUUGUACACAAUGUAUACCGCCAUACUGAUUUCAAUGUUUAAUGUCUUGUAGAAUUUCCCAUAUAUUACUUGAGUUUUGCUAAUGGAGAAACAAAGCUCAAGUAAUGUAUGCUGGGUCCACUCUGUAGCGCGCACCUGCGCCUUGGGAUGUGCUGACUGACCCCCUUUUUUUGCAGUUGUACUGGAGCUGGAGGUGUGGAUGACUCCUGUUGGUCUUGCACCCCUGACAGGCCUGUCUGAGUAAGUAUAAAGCUGUAGCCUGCUCUCAUUGUAUUUAUUGGAAGCCAUUUGGCUCCAGGAGAGGUAUAGAGUGGGCUCGGCAUGCAUGUUGGG